ACACCGUGACGAAUUCUAUGUUCUAAUAGGAUUGGCGGCAUUUUGCGCGGUAGUUGAAUGUCCUAAUGUACUGAAUUCGACGCCUGUCACAACAUCAGGCACAAUUCAAAUAUGUCACGGCUGUCGGAGAGAAUCUGCGAGAUUUUGAACCUGGCAAAGAGUUCAAAGGUUACUGACAAAAAGAAAUGUAUGGCUACAUUAUUAGAUUUGUACCAAAACGAUGAGGCUCUCAAGGAGAUAUGCCAGAACUCACAGGGGGAGGCAAAAGGGAAUGCCAAUUGGUCUUGUAUUGUACAUAUAGUUCACAAGUUGGUGCUUGAUGAAGCGGAAAGACUCAGUAAAGAGACAACUGCCAAGAAUAAGGAGAGACAGACAAUUUGUGGUCUGGUGAUCAACACUGUGCGCCAUUCCAAUAUGAAAUCAGUCAAUCUUCUAAAAAGCAGUGAGAUAGUCUCCUUAAUACUGCAAAUAUUAAACUCUAAGGUUUAUGUGCACUACCAGGAUACAUAUCUGAGAAUAUUGGUAAAAUAUGUGUUGCCCAAGAACACAAAUCAUGGCAACAUCACAACAGAACAAUGGCGGGAGCUGUUAACAGCUUGUACCAAAUUGUAUAAAAAGCCACAUCUCAAAAAUCACAUUGUACUGGAUGCAUUGAACUUGAUUGUAGAACACUCUUUUCUCCAUACAAAUUUACUUUCCCAUGUGAAAGUUUUACUGCUGUUUCUGGAGAAUAUCUUUGAAGAUACAAAAGCAAAUGAGCAACUGGCGGAAUCUUUUUUCCGACUCUGCAGCAGUGUGUGCAAACAAAUUAUGACAGAGUCGAGAAUAACGAUCUGCAAGUUCAGCGAGAGCAUAUUGAUGGAUGUGUUGCGUUUGAACGGCUCUGAAGAGAAGUAUAGGCUGUUGCUCAUUUUCCUGCAGAUCCAUCAUCCUGAGGGAAUCUCCAGACAUGAUGAUGGCGCUUACGCUUACGACUGGAAUAAAUGGAGAGAUUUGCUGCGCAGUAUGUGUCUACUCGUUCAGGAAAACUGCAAGCUGGAUGUGAAGUGGCGCAGUUUUGUUCAAUUUGCCAAAGAAGUUGUGAAGCAAAUGAUAGACAAUACAGCGAGUCUUGUCUGCUCCCUCGACAUGAGUGAGCUCUCUCUCGAUGGCUCUCAUUCGCAACGAGCUAAGCGCAGACGAACGAUGAGUAAGAUGGAGAAUAUUGUUGAUCUAGCAACGGAAAGUAGUCCUGAGGAAGUGUGGCCUUUGCUAAAGAUUCUGACAGAAACGUUGAGAAAGUAUCCGCAAUGUCUAAAGCCGCAGGAUCUUGCGCCUCUGUUACAACGUUUGACAGAACUUGCUCAAUCUCGAGAUGAGUCUAUCAUGAACAACUUGUAUGAUCUGGCCGCAGUUCUCAUGGAAAACGAGAAUUUGUGGUCCAACAGCAAGGAAACGCAGGAUGUGAUGAUUCACUGGAGCAAGAUUUACGACAUGGUACUUAGAUCUCUGGGGGCAAAUCAGAACGAGGAAUUAGGCCACUCGUUGAUCCACUGUUUCAUAAAACACAACAGAAUGCCGAAUGCAAACGCUCUUCUCAGGCUAUAUCUGACUAAAACAAUCCGCUGGUCGAUGAAUAGCGUGCGCACGCUGCGACAGUUGUGCGAGCGUGUUUCUCUGCCGGAAGACGCAUCUGCAUCGGUUCUGGAUCCGUCGCCUACGACGACGACGGCGCCGAUAUGCGAUCGGACGCGUCUCCUAGAGUGGUUGUUGAGUGCGCCGUGGCAGAAACUGGCGACGCGACCAUUCGUUGAGAUCACUGAGAUUGUCGAAGACAUUUGCGCACUGUUGGUAGAUCUUGUGUUAUCUUGCCGUUGUCGGCAGAACGUCAGAACGGAGUGGAAGUCGUUACAGAGUCGCGAAGAAGCACGUAAACUCAUCCGUGCGUCGCACAUUUAUUUGGCAGACUUUUCACUACUCUGUCACGCCUCUAUGACAUUCACAGUGGAGUUAUCGACCCGCUCAAAGGAUGAACGCAUUGAACGGGAUCCAGAAGUAACGCCCGGAAGCAGAAGUCACGUUUCUUAUGUGCAAGAGACAUUGGAUUUCCUGAAGAAGCAACUGCAUGAUCUUUUCCAAGAAGAAAGUGCCAAUGACGAGAAAAAUUCAAGCGAAGUUUACAUCGUUCUGAUAAAAAUCGCACUUCUGGCAAAAUUGUUGUCUGUUUUGAAACAAUUGGGCAUUCCCACGAUGAAUAAUGACGGCGAUUGUCCGCUGGUCGGCACGAUGGAAAAGCAUCUAACAAGUAGCUUCAAGAUUCUAGCAAGAAUUGACUCGGAUAGGUGCAAAUAUACUUACUUGCGGAGUAUAAUCAGAGCAUUGAACGUGCUUUACGGAAUGACUUAUGAUGCGGACAUCGCCAAGAUAAUUGUCUCGGCGUCUACAUUAGAUAUGUUGAAAAAUAUAUUCGAGCUGCUGAAUCUCGAUGAUGAAAACUAUCGCGAUUAUAAUAAGGAAUGUAGCGCUUAUCAGGAGAGACGCAGGCGUUCCGACACAUUCACGGAGGUGACGAGUGCGACGAGCCUGUCGCACGAAAACGCGAUUCGUCUGCAGGUCGUGGAAGCCCUGACAUCCUAUUGCGCGCUACGCAUUAGUGCGGCGAACGACUGCGACGCGCUGCAGACGAAGAUGAUGCGAAACUUGCUGACCAUGCAGCGGAACCGCAAACUUACGAACCGCGAACUUACGAAUUGCGUGGACUCGCGGAUGUCGCUGACGAUUCUUGAAUCGCUAGCAAUGCGCGAUCACAGCGAGGUCCAGCGCGAGCACGCGGACACGCCACUUGACUGUCUGCUGGAGAUGUGCGAAGAGGAUCGCAAGGACGAAGAGUUGUCGCGCCGGCUGCUAAAUUUGUUACCGCACUUCUUCGAGUACGCGAACAAGUACGUUUACUCGCCGCGCAGAAUCGUUUACACGCUUAUGCUAUUUUAUAAGCGUGCCCGUCAGCAAAACUACGGCAUAUUCGUGCACGCGGAUUAUAUGAGGUGCGUCUGUACGAUUGUCCGGAGUGAUCCGAGUUUCUCGUGGAACUGCAACGGCCCCGACGACGAGGUCACGGCGAUGUUGGACAGCGUGCUCAAUUAUAUCGGCCACGAACUCUUCGUGUUGCGUACGCAAGCGAUACGAUGCCUGCAGGAGCUUUUGUCUCUCAAGAACCUCGCUCACAAAUGGAAAGAGCGGAUGUUCGUCAAGGUGAAGAAAACGGUGUCCAAGUUGCUUGACGAGGCGCAGCAGUCGAGUUGCGAUUUGGCAAGCGGCAACUUGGAGGAGAGUCAACAGCAGGAUGAAAAAGAAACCAAGACGGCCACUGCGUUGAUCGCGCUAACAUCUGUGGCAUGUGCCAGUGCAAUCCUUCAGGGUUGUGCCCUGGGUGCUUUGUUGCACUUGACGAUGGAGAAGAAAGUGAAAAUACAGACAGUGAAAAAAAUCCUUUUAUCAGCUGCGCUGUACACCACGACAUACGUUUCGCUUGUCGAAGAUAACUUUAACUAUCUGUUGACUUUCUGGAUUGAAGACGCAAAGUACCCUUUGCAGAAUUUUCCGUACACGCUUACAGGAUGUGAGACCGCGAAUGAGUUUUUUAGGAAGCACGUCAAUCAUCUAGUCCCGAUUGUACUGCGAACUUCAAAUUUCACCGAGGCUGUGUCCUUCUGCGUUAACCAUGCCGACGUGGGAUUUGACAAAAUCUUCGAGGAUGUCUUUCCAUCCUGUUUCGUGUGGCUGCUGUCGCGCACUGUCGGCUGCCAAGCUACGCUCGACGCCGACUCUGAUCGGAUUCUGCUAAAGUUGACGGAGAAUGCAGACGAAUUCGCGAAGAUGAAGAGUUUCAAUCGACUGUUCUACGAUCGUCUGCACGAUGUACUGGUAGAGUUGACGUGGCGACUGCACGAUGAGGACGACUUUGAGCAUGUACUUUCGAUGUCGGGUGCGCGCUUUCCCGCGACGGACCCGCCGCACUUCUCACGCGACAUUGUGGACCGGUGCUUCGAUCGCCUGGAGCGGAACUUUCUGCAGGAAUCGCUGACGCGCACGCUGGUCGAGCAGCAACCGGCGGCACUGCAGCGGACGUUGUUGAAACUUACAGAUGCCAUACACGCAUCGCGCUCCUGCGAAAGCAAACUCAAGCGGUUGCAUCAGUACAUAUAUUUAUGCUCGCGGCUGUCGCACGAUCUGUCGAAGCCAGUCUUCGAUAAAAUGGCCGGGUUCUUCAUCCGAGAUGUCUGCUAUAGCCUGCUACAUUUGACUAGAAACGGCGACGAGACGCUUGCCACGGCGUGUUGCAAGUACCUGAAUUUAUUUCUAUUCCAAGCUUUGCCAGCGCGAGCCAUGGAAGUCCGCGAUGUUCUUCGAUUUGUCGUAACGAACCUGAUUGGCCUGGCGCAGACAGCAACAGGCGGCAGUGGCGAAAUUGCUGCGAAUCUACUCAAGUUUCUCAUAGUGGAGCAAAAAGAUGCAUUGCGAGAAGCGAUUGUGAAACUUGGUUCGUUCCCGAAGCAUGAGAUCUUCCGGGACGCUAGAGAGGCUCACUAUGCCGUCCGAUCGGAACGGGACGAAAUUGCGCUGUGCCUCGCAGAUGAGCUGGAGCGUUUCUUAGACGCCAUAGGUGAGGAGAACGCCGAGUGCACUUUGGAGGAUCUCACAAAUCUCACACAGCAACUGUCGAUACGGAAACUAGAGUUGCGGAAACUGCAUCGGCGACUGGAGAGCUCGUAUCCUAAGAACAGUAUAUUGCAGCAGUUGAUAUUCAGACUCAUUAAACUAACAGAAUCGCCGAAUCCGCGCGUAUCGAUGGAAGCCUCACGAUGUCUCGGCGAACUAGGCCCGACGGAUUCCACAAUGGCAUUGCGCCCGGCUGGAACACUUGUCCAGGAAGCGGAUUACACGAUAGAGGCUCUGACGUACCGAUCAAUCGCAAUGCUAAUGAACUUUAUCGUGGAAAACGCUAUAGAACUCCGCAAGGUUAGCGCUGAUGCCCUUUAUGCGGUGCUAUCAACCUCCUGCGGCCAGAAGCUCUCCGAACCCGAUUCAAAGAGUCUGUCUAACAUCCUUCAGUGCGCGCCUCUCAAGAUCGACUACAUUCGACCGUUCAUUUCUAGUAGUUUCGUCACAGAGACGUCUUUCUCUGUUGACACUGCGAGAUUUUAUAUUGUCAUGAAUCCGAGCAACGCACUCUGGACUGUCCAAAAUGGCGAGACUUACGCCGAAUGGAUCGUCAAAGUCACCAGCGGAAUCACCGAGUGCUUUGCCGGCUCCUAUCUGAAGAGCUUCCUACCGGUCUGUCGACUCAGUGUCGAAUUCUGCGAGCUGAUUCUGCCACGUAUCAUCUACUUCGCUAUUCACAAGGACAACAACUUCGUCAGCGCUAUGUGCGACUGCGUCAAUCAGUUUUUCAGACACCACUUUGCGAUCAACCGGGAAGCGGAGGCCGCCUCAUCGCCGUCGACGGAGGAUAACAGCUGCGAUCAGAAGAUCGUGCGCCGAAUGCUGGAUGUGGUGAACCAUGUACGCAUCCAAUUGCCGGAUGGCAUAAUCUUGCAACUCGACUACGUGUAUCUGGCUCUAGCAGCGCACAAUUGCUCGGCGUACUACACGGCGUUAUUGUUCGCGCAGUUGGCCUGUCAGUCGAUCUCGACGGACUAUCCGGACUUCAGCAGAGACUCGCGGAUCGAUUACAUCUACGAGCGUCACCCGAACAUCGGUCGGGUGCUACAAGCCAUUAUGCUGGACACGUACCUGAAUAUCAGCGACCCGGACGCGAUUUGUGGCGCCGGUUCGUCGCAUUUACUCGAUCGCAACUCCCGCGUGCAAUACUACGCUCGCACCAAUUGCUGGGAUAAAGUUAUGCUUGCACAGGACAUCGAGUUGUCCCACAGCAGCAGCCAGCUGCCAUCGGCAAACGCCCGAAUGGAAAUGGCAAGCGCGCUGCACCGUUCAGGACUGCAAUUUCUUCAGUGGCAAUUUCUGGGUGACGGCCUGGACGAGAAAUUCAGUUAUGAAUGCGCCUGGCGACUCGGCAAUUGGAAUCUUCCCGUAGACGACACCGCUGCCACCGUGAUCAACCACUAUGAUUCUCAAACGCAACAAUCGCGACUAGAGUCGCUGAAAAACAUGUUCCACGCGCAUCAUUAUCGCGCGCUCAAGUGCUUGCACGAGAACAAUCAGCGCGAUACGGAGCGGGCGAUCGAGAACGCCCGCAGUAGCGUAAUAGGUGCCUUACGCAUGAUCAGUUUAGAGAGCAGUCGUAUCGUAAACGAAAAGUUAUCACAACUGCGACUACUGCGCGAGAUUGAGCAACUGAAUUGGGCGACGGAUUUGCCGACAGAAGGAUAUCCGGAAAUGCUACGGCGCUGGCAAGAACAAGAAAUCAGCUCGACCGGCCAAUUCGACUAUAUAGAGCCUAUCCUGUGGCAGCGCAUCACUAUGUUUCGCAUCCGGGAGCCAUUACGUGCAGACGCGAACUUGCGCGAAGCGUUCUUCGCUACCUGUCUGGAGCUGGCAGAAAUCGCGGAGGGCCAGGGCAAUUUCUCAAUAGCUGCCCGUGCGCUCGGUGCUUUGACGUCUCACCGCGAUUUGUCUGCAGAUCUGAAAAACCAGCUACUCUAUCAAGAAUCGCUCUUGGCAUGGAAACAGGAUCAAGUAAUAGCGCGUCGCUUACUGCGCAGCCUAAUUGAAGAGAACAGCAAUCCCACACCUAGUCUGAGAGCCAAGGCACUGCGAGUGUAUGGCGACUGGAUGGUAGAGACCAAAUCGGAAAACUCGCAGGCGGUGAUACGAAAGUACUAUCUCGAGUCUAUCAAAACUAGCGAAGCGAUCGAGGAGCAGACGUCCGAUGUCAUUCGAAAUCUACACGACACCCAAGUCGCACUAGCACGCUUUGCUGACGCGCAAUACGAACAGAUGAGCGCGUACAUGAAAUCGCCGAUGUACGAGGCGCUGAAGGAAUAUGCUCGUAGCAAUAUGAUCAAGAUGAACCAAGCGCAGAUGUUGAAGAAUCAGGAUAUCAAGCGCGCCGUGAUUAUCAGCCAGAAGCAGUCGACAAACGACGCGGCCGAGCUGAGAAACAUCGAGCAAGAGAGACGCAAUUAUCUCGCGCAAGCACUGAAAUACUACCUGAAGACUCUACGACACAGCGAGCAGCACGACAUGCUCGUGUUUCGACUAGUAGCACUCUGGCUGGACAACAUGCUGGACGACGAGGUGAACGAGAAGCUGCUGAACGAACUGGACGCCGUGCCGAGCUUUAAAUUCGUGCCGCUGGUGCCGCAAUUGGCCGCGCACAUCAGCAACGAGCACAAGCAGAGUUUUCACGUACGGAUUUUUAAUGUUCUCGAGCGCUGCGCUCUGGAGCAUCCAUAUCAUACACUGCCAGUUUUGCUGGCGCUGAAGAAUUUACACAGCGACGGCGAGUCAAUUGGACAAUGUUGCGGCAAAGUCGCGAAAAAGGAGGAACGUCGCGUAUUAGGCGCCCGAAAUCUGCUCAAGCGCCUGACCAACUCACCUGUGAAUACGAUUAUUCGUGAAAUGGAAAGUUUAUCACGGGCGCUACUCAAUCUCGCUUACUGGGAGCCCAAGGGCAAAUGUUGUCCCGGUAAAUGCUACCAAAUACCGCGGGACCAAAUGAUAACGAAGAUUAAUAGCUUGAACAAUGUUCUCCUUCCGACGCUGAGCCUGCCUGUUCGACCGUCGGGCAAUUACGACAACGUGACAGGCGUCCGCGCAUACCAAGAGACCUGCGAAUUCGUCGGCGGCGUGAAUGCUCCUAAGAAAAUCAUCUGCGUCGGCACCGACGGCAUACAACGCCGACAGCUGGUCAAGGGCAAGGAUGAUCUGCGGCAGGAUGCUGUCAUGCAGCAGGUAUUCACCGUGAUAAACACGUUGCUGCGUACGUGUAAGGAAACCAAGCGCCGGAAUCUGCAUAUCCGAACGUACAAAGUAGUACCGUUGACGCAACGGUCAGGCGUGCUGGAGUGGUGCGACAAUACAGUGCCUAUCAAAACGACUUUGAUAGGUAGUUCGGAUUCGCCUGGUAUUCACAAAAAGUAUUAUCCACGAGAUCUAACUGCGGAAGCGGCCAGAAAUAAGAUGAAGAACGUCGCACCAAAAUCGAACGAGGAAAAACUAAAGGUCUUUCUCGAAUGUUGCGAACAUAUGAGGCCAGCGUUUCAUCAUUUCUUCGAAGAGAGGUAUCGAUCGCCGGAAACCUGGGUCGAAAGGACACUAACAUAUACACGUAGCGUUGCCACCACGUCCAUGGCGGGCUACAUUCUUGGUCUCGGCGACCGGCACUUGAGCAACAUCCUAAUUGAUGAGCGUACCGCCGAAGUGGUUCACAUCGACUUCGGCAUAGCCUUUGAACAAGGCAAAGUCUUGCCGAUUCCGGAGACUAUUCCUUUCCGACUAACCAGAGAUAUCGAGGUUGCUAUGGGUGCGUCUGGCAUCGAGGGCAUUAUGCGACGCAGUUGUGAAGUCACCAUGACGAUGCUGCGCGAUCAGAGACAGAUAAUCAUUACGCUUCUUCAGGUCCUGCUAUACGAUCCACUUUUCACAUGGGCCAUUACACCGGAGAAGGCAUGCAAGAUGCAGAGUGAUGUCGUGAAUAGUUUUUCGGAAAACAGCGAGCGAACACCGGUGGAGACGAAUAAGAUAGCCAAGAGAGCUCUUUUGAGGAUUGAACAAAAGUUGCGUGGAACAGAAGAUGGUCGGGUAUCUAGUGUUUAUGGACAGGUGGAGAGGCUCUUGCAGGAAGCGCGAGAUCCUGCUAAUUUAUGCCGAAUUUACUGUGGCUGGCAACCAUACCUUUAAAAUUAAUUAGAUAAUUAUUUUAAUAAAUAAUUUUAACAAAUUUGUAUUCUAGAAGAAAAAGUUUCAAU